UCACCUUUUACUGUUUGGAUGAUCGACAUGCGCGCACAAUUGUGUCUGCUGUCCAGGAGUAUGACGUGGAAACGACUCACUGCGCACUGCAUGUGACCGUGAGAGGCGUCGCUAAGGGCAACCGCCCCACCAUCCUCACCUACCACGACGUCGGACUCAACCAUAAGUCGUGCUUCAACAGCCUUUUUAACUACGAGGACAUGCAGGAAGUGACUCGGCACUUCUCGGUGAUGCACGUGGACGCUCCGGGACAACAGGAGAACGCCCCCGCCUUCCCCAACGGGUAUUGUUUGUCUCUGUAU